CCACAGCGAAUCAUCGGAUUAUCCUCUGACAAAAACGUACCCGUACAAGGCUAAGGAUUUUUGGUAAAUGUGAGUCAGUUAUCCAACAGAAAUUCAAAGCUAAAGUUCUUUCUCGGAUCGAAAUCAGAGAGUUUGUUUUUUUUUUUUAAUUUUAAUUUACCACUAAAAUCUGUAAUUCUCUCAUAAAUUCCAAUUAUUUCCGAAAUCAAUUUGUUAGAGACGCCGUAGCAUGACGGACGGCUACUGGAAUCAUCGCCACCAGCAGCAGCAUCCUCUUCUUCAGUCUGGGGAAAGUCUAAAACGACAUCGUCCGGAAUACGAUAUCGCAUCUUCAGGGCUGCCUUCAAGCCAUGAGAUUCAUAACUAUUAUCCAAGAGAUGAUGAUCGGGAACGCUAUCAGGCUGUGAAGGACUCUAAGACAAUUGGAUCAGCAUAUGAUCGGUAUCUGCAAAAUGCGCAAAUUGCUCCUCUCUCUUCUGGAGAAGCUAGCGGAUUAAGUGUUGGGUUUGGGAGGGCCAGUGGUGGUGGGAUGACUGGACUUCCAAUACUUGAUUCUGGUAUGGCGCGUCGAGCUCGGCCCAGUGGUCAAGAUCUUGCAUCAAAUGGUAGAGACAUUGGUUUUGUUAGUCAGCCCCCAGCGAAUAAAAUAGCUAGGCCUGUUCGUGAAACUGUACCUCUGCCUCAAGAUGCUUCAAGCACUCUGUAUGUUGAGGGCCUCCCUCCUGGCAGCAAAAGGAGGGAAGUAGCUCAUAUUUUUCGCCCUUUUGUAGGAUACAAGGAAGUGAGACUUGUGAGCAAAGAAUCCAAGAAUCGUACCAGAGAUCCUAUCAUCCUUUGUUUUGUUGAUUUUGAUGAUGCAGCCUGUGCAGCUACUGCUAUGAGCGCCUUGCAAGGUCAUUUAAUCCUCUUUUUGUCAAUGUCUAAAGAAAAAGGAAUGCACCAAAGACACAUUGCAGCAAUGUCAGCUUGUAUUUCAAUAUACACUCAUAUAUGUAUUUGCAUGUGCAUGUGUAAAAUGCAUCAUUUUGAUAUUUUGUUUGGUCAUGUGCCAAUUCGUAGCAAUGAUCCUUUUAUUGUCUAUUUUUUUCUAAACUUCCUGCAUAACUGCCUUACUGCAUCUUUAUGAUGAUAUUGACAAUAUGAAGGCAGUAGCUUGUUAUUUUUCUCGUACAGAAGGUUAUUUCUUAAAUCAUCUUAUAGUAAUGAAACUAAGAAAGCCACCUAUAUUUAUCUACCACUAUGGAGGAAGUAAAUAAGAGAUUUUGUGCUGCAAACUGCAAACUGAGACUGAAAAUACAGAGCCGAAAGGUAUAUUUCUUGGUGAAACCCUUGAAAAUUUAUGAGCAGAAUUCUUUGCAUGUUCUUCCCAGCGUUAUGCUUUUCUGAAAUGCGUGUUGAUGCUAACUUAUGGAUUGAUCCUGCAGGUUAUAAAAUGGACGAACAUGAUUGUGAAUCUAGUUGCUUGAGGCUACAGUUUUCUCGGUACCCUGGUCCAAGAUCUGGUGGUUCUGGAAGUCGUGGAAAGAGGUGAACUAGUGUCUAGGACUCUUAUCAUAAAUGCAUAUCUUCUACUUAUUUACCCUGCCUUUGCAAGUUUGCAAUAUACAACAAUAUAUUUGAGCAAAAUUGUAAUUUAGAUUGCUCGGUCCUGCUUACACUAAUUGUUAGUACUUUAGAUGAAAUGUAGUGAAAGGAUAAGGUGUUGUAUAACUUCUGAAGAUUAAUUAUAUAAACUAACAAAAGAAAUGUUUGAUUA